AUGUCCUGCUGCUGCACCGCUUCGAUUCCGCUCGCGGUAGACGAUGAUCCCGCGACCCACGAACGGAGCCAGGAUCUAGCAGACGGUAACCAGGAGGUCCGCUAUUACCGCGGAUUCCUCGAGCGGCUGUUGGAUCUCGUCACCCACGGGGAAGAGCAGGCCGUCAACCGCAUGAUCUCUGUCAUUCGCUCCGGUGCCUCGCACGACGCCAUCCUCGCCGCCCUUGCCGAAAUGUCUGGCGAAGCCAACCACCACAACAACGGGAUCAUUGAAUCAUGA